ACGAGACAGCAGAUAACACAGACUAAUAUUUGUGAAUAAAACUGGGAACAUAACACGACAGGACAAGAAAGCGAAAUGCAUCAGAAGCACCUCUACUACAUUCAAUGACGGACUCGCAAAGACUGAGGGGAACAAGAGAGUUAUUUACUACUGCCGAUUGGGGAUCAACAAGCUUCAGGUGAUGAUGACGACGUCAGUGAAGAAAUCACAGCAAACGGGAACACCUGUGAAAGACGCGCACAUGGAUCUGUACAUACAUGACAACAGAGGAAAACAGGCACACAGCAAACCGAGAUGGCCAGAGUCUUGUUCCGGCCGAAGGGGCAGAAACUGGAGGAGUUUAUAGAAAUAGAGGAGCAGCAACAGGGGCGACACUUCCUCUGUGUUUCCACUAAAGAUAAACAAGUCCAGAUCUCAGUGGUGGUGUGUCAGGCUGUUAAGCGUUCACAGACCAAGAAACUGCAGCAGUAUGGGUUGGAGGACAGUUAUGAGCGAGUAGAGAUCUGGGACCUGGAAGACCUGCUGCUUCUGGACGGCAGGGACCCUGAUAUAGAUGAUCCCUGUUUCCUGAUGUAUUUUGACAAAGUACGAUUCAUCAAAGCCAUCAGCUGUGCUGCCAAAUACUCUCUGGCUCGCUGUCUGCUUUCCUUAAGCAGGAAGUAUCGGCAUUCAGCACUAAAACUGCGGAACUUUGAUUGGACGUAUAUCCGCCCCACUGCUAUGUAUUCAGAUCGUGGUGACUGUAUGGUUCUUACGCAAGUUUGUUUCUAUGCCUUUAAUCUGGUGUGUCUGUCUCUGUGCCCUAUGCCUCUGGCAUAGAGAAUAUGUGAGAAUCUUGUCUAAGUCUUAUGUUAUGAGAGAUGUUAUAAUUAUUCUUCCUAAAAGAGAUCCUAAUAGCAAAUCAUUCUUGUUCCUAAAAUUGUCCCAAAGAAUUAAAUCACUGAUGAAGUAUUGUUAAUCCAACGAAGAACAAGUGGAAUAGGUAUUAUACUUUUUAGUAGUCUACACACAUUUUUUUAUUCUUUUAAUAAUGCUGAGAGUAUUUUCAAAUUCAAUCUUUCAAUUCAAGACAAUUAUGAAUAUAAUAAUUGACAUGUCUAUCAGGAACACAAGUUACGCACAUUACGAUAAACUCAUUUAUAUUUCUCAUUCCUUUCCUCUUUAAUUAUCUCAUGCAUGCAGUUUUUAUGAUCUUAUAUUGAUUGACUACAUGGUACAUCUAGAAACUCAUUUGUCACACCACAGUACCAUUUAAAUUAAUUACUGCAGGCAAAUGGAUGAUUAAAAAUGGAUGAUGUUCAUAAAACAUGUUUCCAUUUUCCUCUUAUUUCCAAUACCUAUUUGGAAGUUACAAAUAAUGGGAAUGUGCAAAAACCAUAUUUUGUUCUUUGAGCUCUUAGACCAUGCUUUGAGCACUUAGCCCUAUCUGUAACAUAACUCCAGAAUGUGGGUAAAAUUUAAUUUGUGCUUCUGUAAAUGCAGCACAAAAGGGUGUCUUAUUCACUCAAGAACACUGUGACUUGAAUUUUAUUCAUGACAAUUUACAUGUAUUUUAUUAUAAGUGUUGUAAAUGGGAUUAAAUAUAUAUGUCCAAUUGUAUGUUGUUUAUGUAUGUGAUUGUGAAUGUGAUAAACCUGGCUUAGGAAUUUUAGGGCUACUUAUUUGCAUGUGUUUUAGCUUAUGAAUCUUGUUGUGUUUAUAAUUUCAGCUUUGCCCUAUCAAUAAGUGAUACUGUGACAUAAACGUAUACUGUAAAUGUGAGCAAGCUUAGUGAAACAUUUGGAAACUACAUCUCAACGUGCCUAUCAUCCUUUUUCACAUUUCUAUUGUAAUGUUUCACAAGUUGGUGAGAAAAACGCAACCGUGCUAAAUAUGCAUUAAAGUUAAUUAAAGUCCAAUUCUUUCAAAAUAAAUAUGAAAAUUGUAAUGCAAAAUACUUGUUGUGAUUUCUUGAUCUAAAUGUGCCAAUUUUCUUGAUGCAGUAUUUUAAUUUAGGUGAUCAGCACACAUUAUAC